AUGUCGGACCAAAAAUUUCGCUUGCGGGCCUGCUUGUGGUAUGAAUUUAAGCAAGGCAAAUCGGCUGCUGAAGCUCAUCGCGCUCUAUCUCAAGUGUUUGACAAAGAUGCUCUAUCCGAAAGUCAGUGUAAACGAUGGUUCCAGCGCUUCCGAGACGGCGACGAAAGCUUGGAAGACCAAAAACACGGGAGUCGACCUCAAAUCAUCGACAACGACGCAUUGAAGGAAGCCAUUGAUCAGGCCAUUGAUUCUCUGCGUGAACGUUGGCGACAAGUCAUUGAUGCAGAUGGCGAAUACCUUUUGGAU